CUGAGGUUUACGGUAAAGCAUGGCGGCCUCCUUUCCACUCGUGAGAUCAGCUAGCUAGAAUGUUCUAGCACCUUCGUAUUUCCGUUUUUAAAAGGGAAGGAAACUUGUGUGGACACUGAGAAGAAGUGGACACAUUAACUCAACGCUGUUUCAAGGAGUCUUACAGAGCUGUGACCAACAUGGCAGAAAACAGAGAGAACAGGAGGUAUCCUCAGAACCUUCAGGGGGUUCUUCAGCUGGCUGUGGAGGCUGGAUCAGCUGCAGAGGGACCUGCUCCUUUAGAACCCAUGUCAGAGGAGAGAAAAAUGUGGCUGAGAGACGCUCUUGCAGAAGUCUGCAAAGGUCAGAUGGAUGAAGUGGAGCAGAUGAAGCAAUGCUUGGCUGUUUUAAGACAAGAGGAAACAAACAAAACGGAGCAGGAAGGAGAGGAGGAGAGAGAUGAUGAGGAAGACAAGCGAGAGACAGCCUUUGAGUUGCUGUCAGAGCUGUGUGAGAACCUGGACAAUGCUAGAGACUUGAUGGUUCUUGGUGGACUGGAAAUGUGCAUCUCCCAGUAUCUGUGUCAUGCCCAGAGUGGACUGAGGUGGCGUGCUGCUGAGCUCAUCGCUUCCUGCGCCCAGAACAUGCCGCAGGUUCAAGUCCAUUUGCUUAGCAUCGGGGCGCUGCCAAAACUUCUGCAGCUGACGGACUCAGACCCAAACCCCACUGUCAGAGUCAAAGCCCUUUAUGCUGUGUCCUGUCUGAUUCGUGAGCAAGAGGUGGGACUUCAGGCGUUCUUGUCCCACGAUGGCUUCUCAGUGCAAAUGAGAGGGAUGCAGUCAGAGAAUGAGAAACUCCGGACAAAGUCAGCUUUCCUUCUGCUCAACCUGCUGACGUCACAUCCUGAACAGAAAGACACAGUUGUCUCCAUGGGAAUGGUGCAGCAGCUGGUAUCUGUUCUCCGGACGCCACACUCCACCUUCCAUGAGCACGUUCUGGGCGCGCUCUGCUGUCUGGUGGAAGACUGUCAGCAGGGUCUGAAAGACUGCAGGGAUCCAGCUCUGGGUCUGGAGGAGUUACUGAGGCAGCGGUCGAAGGAGCUCCAAGGGAAAGAAGAGAGUCAGGAAGAACUGGACUUCUGUGAACAUUUGAGGGUUCUGUGCUUCCGUGGGCAGCAGUCAGAGGAAAAUGGGAUGGAUCGUUGAAGAUGUAUUGGCCUCGUCUGUUUUAAUGUGUGUGGAGAAUUAAACCAUAACAUCCAGGGUAGACAUCAUGGGUGUUUAGAAAGGUUUCUGUCUAGUUUGACAGAUUCUGUCUAUAUAUCGCAUGUAAUCCAGGAGCUAGAUUUUACUGUGUAAAUAAGUCUUAUGUAUAAAAUAUUUUCAUGUCUGUUGUUUUCAGUUCUGAUGCUGAAUGUAAAACCAAACCUCCAUUAAAACAAAUUUAAUGUA